UUCCGUGUUCGCACCAACCGAGCGCUCUGACAGUCAGACUUUUCCAGGUUACUAAUGCUUAGAAAGAGGAAGUGAUGCGUGCAGCUGUCAGCCUGCGAGCCGUCCACAGCAUUAUGAAAAAGACAAGUGUGACGAGCAGACUCACUCCGGACGCCUGAAGACACAAAACUCUCAAUUCAACUAACAGUUUGUGAUCAGCAGCACCAUGGCUCAAGGCUGCCUCAAGUGUCUGAAGUACACCAUGUGUAUCUCCAACUUCCUGUGUUUUAUGUGCGGCGUGGCGCUCAUGGGUCUGGGGGGGUACUUGAUGGCGACCUUUAAAGUGGAUGGCCUCAUCCCCAGCCCGGCCGAUUUGAGCAUGCUGAGCAUCCCCAACCUGCUGCUGAUCUGCGGCAUCAUCAUCACCUGCAUCUCCUUCCUGGGCUUCCUGGGUGCGCUGAAGGAGAACCGCUGCCUCCUGCUCACGUUCUUCCUGGUUCUCUUCCUGCUGAUGGUGGUGGAGCUGGCCCUAGCCUGCUUGAUGCUCGUGAACAAUGAAGAAAUCGUCAACAAAGUAAAAGGAGACCUGAUAAAUGGUUUGAAUUCGACCAAAACGAAAAACUCCACAGAAGAGUCUGAGUGGGAUUUGGUGCAGAAAAGGUUUAUGUGCUGUGGAGUCAACAACUACACAGACUGGGGAAACAACAUCCCCAAAUCCUGCUGCCAAGACGAGUGUGAUAAAGUCCCCUUUCAAAGCUAUACAAUGGGAUGUUUUGUGGCGCUCAGCGAAUGGUUUGAAGACAAUUAUCUGUACUGUGGGAUUGGCGUCAUUUCAAUCUGCAUAGUUGAGGUUUUGGGGAUGUGCUUCGCCGUCACGCUCUUCUGUCACAUCACAAGCUCCGGACUGGGCUACAAGCUAUAGAAACUUCGAGUGUGGAGUCAUCUUUGUUUUUAAAUCGUUUUUUUGUUCUUGAACGUUCUCAUGCAGCUAAAAUAAGAUACCCCCUCCCCCCAAAAACUUUGAGCUUUGUAAAAGCAAAUCAAGCCUGUGUGAAUCUGCUUUGUAUUUUUGAACUAGUGUGUCAAAUCUGCAUGAAUAAAGAACAUGUACAGCU